AUGCCGACUACAAUGCCGGCGAAACGUCUGGGAAAGUAUCAUGUCCACGGUCCAACUUUGGAAAUGCUCAUUCAUACAAUGGACUCCGGACUAGAGCAUAGUAUGCAUGUCACUGGCUCUCCUAACGACACCGUCCAUCCUGUAAAAAAAAAGCGACGAACAAGGGCUGGCUACUGGGUAUCAGCGUCAGAGGCCCUUCUCAUCCUUACUGAUCAGACCAAUAUUUCAAAUGACUCAGCCGGAUCAGAUCAAAAGUCACGCACAAUCUGUGGAAGCGAGUGUCGGGAUGUUGCUUCUAUUCAUCUUCGCAUCGAAGGUACCCCUUUAUUUCGUUAUUUUAUUUAUAAUUGA